UGUUCUCCGCUCCGCCAUCUCAUCCCUCCAUCCGAGGCUGGUGGUGGCUGCUGGCUCCCCCAGCUCUCUCCCCCUCUCCCCUUCGUCAACUGAAACGGUGACGUUACCACACCACCGGUGCAGGCAGUAGUAACUGCACUGACACAGUGACACUGAGCACGCUUCUUGCUCGUGGUCGCAGUUGCUGCCGCAUCCACUACCCCGUCACUGCAUAGCCUCGAGGCGCAGCAAUGGCGCUGCCAAGAUCCGUGUCCGUCCUCGUGCUCGUGUUCUUGGUCUUGUGGAGAGAGGGGGAGGCGUCCACGUUCACGUUCGUGAACCGGUGCGCGGACACGGUGUGGCCGGGCAUCCUGUCCAACGCCGGCAGCCCGCGGCUGGAGCCCACGGGGUUCGAGCUCCCGCCGGGCGCCGCGCGCGCGGUGCCGGCGCCGUCGGGCUGGUCCGGCCGCAUGUGGGCGCGCACGGGCUGCUCGCAGGACGGCGCCACGGGGCGGCUUGUCUGCUCCACGGGCGACUGCGGCUCCGGCGCCGCCGAGUGCGCGGGCGCGGGCGCCGCGCCGCCGGCGACGCUGGCCGAGUUCACGCUCGACGGCAGCGGCGGGCUGGACUUCUACGACGUCAGCCUCGUGGACGGCUACAACCUCCCCGUGCUGGUGGAGACCUCCGGCGGCGGGGGCUUCAGCGGGCCCGCGUCGUGCGCGGCGGCCGGGUGCGCCGCGGACCUGAACGCGAUGUGCCCCGCGGAGCUCCGGGCCGGCGGAGGCGCCGCGUGCCGGAGCGCGUGCGACGCGUUCGCGCGGCCCGAGUACUGCUGCAGCGGCGCCUUCGCGUCCCCGGCGGCGUGCCGGCCGACGGCCUACUCGCAGGUGUUCAAGACCGCGUGUCCGCGCUCCUACAGCUAUGCAUUCGACGACCCCACCUCCACAUUCACCUGCGGCGGCCGCCCCGACUACACCGUCACAUUCUGUCCUGGCGCCACCCCAAGGUCCGGCCAUUCUAAGUCGACGACCAUGCCUGGCGCGACGCCGACGCCGGUGCCCGGGACGACGACGACUACAACUACGACGGUGCCGGGCGCCACCCCCACGACGGUGCCUGGGACGACGCCGAUGCCUGGCGCGACGCCCGCGAUGCCGACGGGGACCAUGAUGCCCGGCACGACGUUCACGGACGCCACCCCGGAUAGCGCGAUGCCGAUCGGCGGCGGCCUCGGCAUCGAGGGCGGCGGGGUGCAAGGCAACGUGCUCCUCGGCGGCAGCAGCAGCGAGGGCGGCGUCUCGUGGCUCGUCAACAUGGCCACCGGCGACGCGUCCGCCGCCGCCCCGCUGGCCUCCUCGGCGAAGCUGAUGGCAGCGCCGCUGGCGACGCUGCUCUACCACCACUUGCGGCAGCUCCUGCUGUAAGCGGUAGUGAGAUUAGAGGAAUUCGUUUGCAAGUCGGGGGAUGGGGAUGCUCCGGAGACGAGGAUAUCAGGAUAGACUGUGCAAGCAAGCUUGUAGCAUGGUGGUCUCUGUAGAUGAUUAUUGAUUGAUGUCAAGUUUAAUUUAGAUAGUUGUGGCUACUAGUUCAAGUUUUAGUGGAGAAACGCAUGAAUGUGUAGCUUUUGGUUAAGUUAAUCCUUCUCGUACUAGCUGCGAUUUGUUC